AUGUCAGUAGAGUGUAAUUCUACUGGCUCAGAUACUUCAGUUUUCUCGAGUGCUCAAUCAAUGGAGAACACGCCUGAAAGCACGCCAAUUCAUUGCAAUGAGCAGACGGCUGAGCCAUCGGCAAAGCGUAUAAAGAAAAGCACCAUGUCUUUAAUCGAGGAAGCAAUGAAGUACGAUAUGCGUAGUGAGUACCAUCUUCCAACUACGUUUUUAAGAGAACGUCGUAAGCCUGUCAAGGUUGAGACAGAUGAUGAAGACGAACAAGUCAAUCAAAAGCCAAAGAGAAAAUAUACUAGGAAGACGAGUAGUAGUAGUAGGCGAGUCGGGAGACCAAGAAAGGAUGUAACAAGCAAUAACACUAUAAAACCCAUAAAACCUGAAAGAAAAGCGAAAACAAAGACGGAUACAAAACCAAUUGCGGUUAUAAACAAAUCGAAACUCAAAUCGAAGACCACUACGAAACCUAAAACUAAAUCCAAAUCCAAGCCUAAAACCAAUUCUAAAUCAGUUUCCAAUACAUACAAAGAUCAAACAUCAGAAGAUAAUAAUAGCGACAUGUUCCUUACAGAUUUAGACAACUGCAUUGAGAAUACAUCAUUCUUUAACUUGCCUCUAAUUCGUAAUAGAAGUGGAUUUGUAAAGAAUAUCACAUCUCCUAAGAUAUUCGUUGAGAAUCCUGACGAGAAUAAUUUUGUACCAUUGAAAUCAGUAGUAUUUCCGGAUUGUGAAGAGCGCUUCCCAGUUCAUGCAAACAUCCAGAAAUUCGGUUACGAUGCUCUUCUGGAAAUUGGACAGAAUAUAGAAUCUGCGGUAAGAGUAUACUUUCCGAAAAGAUAUAAGCCUCGAGGAGAGAAACUUUUGGAAGAAUUAAAUGAUACAUUUGAAAAAGCAGACACGCCUGCUUUUGAAUCUGUUAUGCAUCGAUUUAAUAUGUUAGUAUCUGAAAUUCCUCACGAAUUGCUCAUUCAAGAGUUAGAAGUUUGCCCCAAAAUUCCAGUAUCAUUUAUUCAUUCACUGUUACAUGUAUGCUAUACUCGUUCUAUUUAUCCAAAUGCUAGGAAGCUAAAGAAAUACACAAGUUUCAGCAACUUCGUCUACGGCGAAUUAAUGCCAGAUUUCCUCACAUCAGUAUAUAGACGCUGUGGCCUCAGUUCUGACAGUGUGUUCAUGGAUCUUGGUUCAGGAGUAGGAAAUUGUGUUAUCCAAGCAGCUCUUGAGUUUGGCUGUAAACUCAGUUUCGGUUGUGAAAUUAUGGAUUCUGCAAGUGAUAUGACAGAACUUCAGUUAAAAGAAUUAGAAAAUAGGUGUAACUACUGGGGCAUUAAUCUACCGAAAAUAGAAUUUUCAUUAAGGGAGAGUUUUGUCAACAAUUAUAGAGUCAAUGAACUUAUCCCAAAAUGUGAUGUGAUACUAAUCAAUAACUUUAUUUUUGAUGCACCUUUGAAUAAGCAAGUAGAAAAGAUUAUUCAAAAUUUGAAGCCUGGGGCUAAGAUAAUAUCUUUGAAAAGUAUACGUCCUCCAGGUUAUAGCAUAAAUUAUGAUGACAUGGAUAAUAUUUUCAACAGAUUGAAAGUCGAAUCAUUCAAAUUACCAGAGAAUAGUGUUUCGUGGACUUACAGGAGUGUGGGUGAUUAUUACAUUAGUACGGUUCAGGAUACUAUAGACGAAUCUAUUUUCUGCCCUCCUAUUAUUGGUAGAAUCAGGAAAAAAGAAUCGAUCCAUUAUACAAAGUAG